AUGCUUGUUUCCUUUAGAAUGUCCUUAGGUGAUGUUGGCGUUCUAAAUGCAAUCGUCGAAACCCGCGAUCUUGAAAAGCAGCUUCAAGCCUCUACCGCUGAAGUUCAAGAGCUUCGGACUGAGCGGAAAGGCAUUGACGCAGCGCACGCAUUUUCACAACAGAUGGUGCAGCAGUUGCACAAAGAAAUGGAAGAGCUGCGGGGAAGGCACAAGAACUUGCAAGAUCAAUGUGAGAAUUGCAAGGCUGAAUGCAGUCGUCUCAACGAUUUGCAUGGAAGCGAGCGAGAGCACCGACGCAGACUUGAGUCCCACCUUCAAAACCAGAGCAGUGACAAGGAGGCAGCAGCAUCUGCCCGGCAGGAGUUUUUCCAAAAAGAGCAUCGAAAGGCUUGGGACGAUCUGCAGCGUGCACAUUGGGUAGAGAAGGAGAAGGAUGCCAGAUUCCAAUCAAUUACUCAGCUGGCGCAAGACGCGAUAGCCUUGGUGUCUGAAUUGCAGGAUGGCUUUGUGGAGCAAACCAAGAAGUACAAUGAGCUUUCAAAGAGCGUCCGCAACCAACAGAGAGAAUUGACGUCGGACGUGCAAGAGGCGCAGCAGUUAGCUCAACUUUCAGAACAGUUUGCUCUAGAACUUCGACAACUCUUAGGCCGCACGCGUGAAACAAACUCGGUGGGUGAGGAGCAAUGGCGUCAAGAAGCUCAUAAGCUUGAAGACCAGCUCCGAAACCUUACCCUGCAUCACAGAGAGGCUGCAAAGACCGUUCGCGAGCUGCGCAAGGCGGAUGAUCACCACAAAGUUCAACAAUCUGAGCGCAUGCAAGCAGAGAAGGAGCGUCAAGAGAGGAAGCGAGAACGUCAUGAGCUUUUCAGCAACCCAAACAUCGUCAGACAAAUGGCUCAGGCAGUCGCUGGAAUUGAAGUGUACAAGGUGGAUGAGAAGAAUCGCAGAGAAAAGCGACGGCUCCGAGUUGUUUGUGACAUCAAGUCAGGUCGAGGUGGGCCUCGACCUGAUCUACAGCUACGUUGGUCAAAGGCUCCGUACCGCGAUUGGCCUGACAGAAGUUCCUGCGACCUCACACAGGUUGUCAGCUUGGGAUAUGGCUUUGCAUCCAGAGCUACCUGGCUCUUCAAAGAUGUUCCUCCUUACCACUGCUUCUCCGUGCAGACACCGUACCGGACCUUUGAUUUCAUAUGCAGUUCAGACAGAGACGUCGAGGCUCUUGUGCUGGUCAUCAGCCGGUUGUGUACCAGGAGCCAGGGCUGGCCACUCUACGGUGGGGUUCAUUCACACGCAAGGUUUGUGGCUAUGAAAGGUUGGACAAAGGUUCAGGUCGCAUGCCGAGCAAGCAAGAACACCUUGAGCACACAUCUUCUUGAGGCUGUUGCAAAGAUGCAGUCUUCAUCACGCCCAAGCCACUUGCCACCUCCUCCAAGCGAGACUGAAGUGGAGUCGGAGGAUCCUUCGCAACAGUCGUUGGAAACUGGGUGA